AAGAAAAGAACCAAUCACAGAGGAGGAACCAUACAAAUGGAGAGAGAGACAUCUGACAUGACUCAGACUCGGGGACAGAAGCUUAGCCCGAGAUGGAGGAUGAAGAAGAAUACUCGAGUUCCGAGUCCAGUGGCAAUGGCAUCAGCUUGAACGGGAGAAACGUUGGUGCAACGAUGGUAGCGCCCCGGGAAGUGAGCCUGGCCACGCCGAGUGGUUGCAGGAUCAACAUAUACGUGAACAGCAACGUUCAAGGGGCUUGUACUUCGGCUCUGUUUGGUAGCAAGGUUAAGCUGAGAGAUCCUGGUGUUCAUCUCUACGUCGGAGACCUUAAAGUCUCCGGCGAUGGUGAUGGAGGAGGGGAGGUAUCUAGACGACAGGAGAUGACGUGGAUUAAGGUUGGGUUGUGUCUUGUCUUUCUCGUCAAUAUGAUCAUAGCCAUUGUUCUGCUUCUCUCUUCUUGGUCCAGGUAGAAAUUGGGACCUUGAUUAUAUAUAUAUACCAUUUGAUUGUCCGUGAAUAUCAA